CCAUUUACCCAUCAGCUACCUCUGGAAAACUUAAUAGCAGUUCGGGCAAAUCUGCUACUUUAAAGCACUCUGCAAACUUCACAUCUGUGGGAAGGAUCGGGGCGCCGUAGUAGCAGGGGAACAACUGUGAACCGCUUUGCAACGAAAGGGCCACUUGUGAAUGAAGACCAAGCGCCUAGAAUUCCCUUCUGCAAAGUUGCAACAUUGACAAUUUUUUUUCCAUAGCUGAGUGGAGUUAGUGCGUGUGUGUGCGCGUCCGCCCUCGUGUCUGCUUCUGCUGGCUUCAUUCAGGAAAAAAAAGGAUUUUGCUUUCCCCUCUCCCUCUCUCUCCCUCUCCUUGUAAAAAUCACAUAAACAAGCUGUGAUCGAUCGGCUGCUGGCUGCGAUCGGCGAUCGGACAGGUCCUGUUUCCUUUCCCCUUUCUCUUCCCCCUACUCCUCACCCAUCUUCUCUCCCCCCCCCCCCCCCCCUUACUCCCCGCCUCUAUUGGAUGCUUUUACAGAUAGUGGCCGGGGCAGAUCUUUGCUGGAGUUUGUAUUGGCGUCUCUCUCUCCCUUGCUCUGGCGGAGCAUAUGUGCUUCUAUACGCAGACAUAAGCCGCCGGAGAGGAGUUAGUGGAACGCCGCGAUCACGGACUUCAGAUGUGUUCUAAGCCUGGUGGGGUGAUCAUUUUCCAGUGUACAGAUGGAUACGCGAACUCAAAAUGGCAGUGGUUCGGCAGCCCUGCUACAGUUGCUGCGUGACAGUGGAAGGCAACACGUGGAACCUGACCCCAGGGAUGUACAGCCACAGCGGGUUCAAGUGUUGUCGCUCGAUCAGAUCCGAAUUAUAAGGGCCACUAAUGAGUACACAGAGGGACCUACUGUUGCUCCAAGACCUGGGAGCAAGUCCGUGCACCGACCGCCUUCGCAGCACAAAAAUGAGAGAAUGUCUGGAUUAAAUAACGACCACGAGCAUCAGUGGCUUAACAGUCGGAGUCAGCAACCCCAUAUACAUUCUUCAUCAAGGGCGCAUUUAACUCGGUCAACUAGCACUGUGAGUACCAGUUCUCGGAAUAGCACAAGGACAAGUACAAGCAGUACAUCUUCCGAGCAGAGGCUUCUGGGACCUUCAUCCUCUCCCCUGGACCGUGUCUCUGAUCGGAUCAUCAGGGUGCAGCCCAAAUCGGAAUUUAAAUCUGAUGAACUGAAGCCUCUGGGGAAAGAAGAACUGGGCAAACACAUCUACCGAUGUGAAGACUGUGGGAAGUGUAAGUGUGAGGAAUGCACUUAUCCAAGGACUCUACCUUCCUGUUGGCUCUGUGACAAACGGUGCCUCUGCUCUGCACAGAAUGCAGUGGAGUAUGGGACUUGCUUCUGCUUUGUGAAAGGUGUCUUUUACCACUGCUCAAACUAUGAUGACGAAGACAACUGCGCAGAUAAUCCAUGCUCCUGUAGCCAGUCACAUUGCUGUGUCCGAUGGUCAGCCAUGGGCUUCAUGUCCCUCGUUAUGCCCUGCCUGUGGUGUUACCUGCCAGCCAAGGGCUGCCUUAAGUUGUGUCAGGGGUGCUACAAUAGGAUUAACCGUCCUGGGUGCCAUUGCAAAAAUUCGAACACGGUCUGUUGCAAGGUUCCCAGUUUACCUCCUCGGAACCUUGAGAAGCCCUCCUAGCUGAAACGGAAAGGGGGACCAUUGUCUUCGGUGUUUAGUUCUCAACACUCUCUCUUAUUCUGUACAUUUUAUUGUGUGGAAGAAGAAAUGUACUUACGACACUAGCAACUGAGCACAAUGCUGGAUACCUUUUUUUAUCUGAUAGCCGUAAUACAUAUAAACCACACAAUCAAUGGCCAUUAAGAUGGUCUUUUUUUUAAAGAAACGAGGGAAAAAGGUGUCUCCCAUUGUGGUUAGGUUGGCUUCUAGUUGACCAGCAUGACAUACCCCAUCUAUAUUUGUGUUUAAUAGUGGCACUGCAAUUCCCUAGAGUUUGGAAGACUGUUGAGGUUUGCGGUGAUAACGCUGUUGACCCUGUAUUUUCCAUCUCUGUCAAAUGACACUCAAGAGGAUGGAAACCAUUCAAUCAGUGAGAUCAAAAAGGAAUGCAUGAUAACCAUUAUUUUUGAAACAGCAUAAGCUAGAACUCCAGGUAACACAACGACACUCCAUGGCCUCUCUGUAUUGUAUGUGAAUACUUCUUGCAGAAUAUGUAAAUUAGCAAAUUGCUCAUUUUUUUGCUGCCAGAGUUAAUUUGUUAUAUUUUUGUAUAUACAAUAAUAUUAAGACUGUGAAAAUGGUGCCAUAUAAAUGGCAGAUUUACAAAUAUUAUACUAAUAUCUUGUACAUUCAGACAAAUGUGAAUCAGUCAAUCAAUACAUUUAGGUUAUAUUCCACCUUACAAAGUUCACCAUUAUGUCACACUUGAUAUCCCCUGACAUCAUGUAUAUUGUACAGUUACCAUAAAUUCAGUCUUUAUUUUCUAAUUUUUCAACAUAUUGUUUAGUGUAAAGAAUAUUUAUUUGAAGUUUUAUUAUUUUAUAAAAUAUUUAUUUUAAAAGGCAUCUUACAAGUUCACCCUUUUUAUAUAUAAAAACGGGAACAUCAUAGAUACUGAAAAUGAGGGUGAUACAAAUCAGAUGCAUAUGUUCACUAUAAAAUAGA